AUGGUCCUUGACUGGCUUAUUUCCAAGAGCGAGGUGACCAGUACCCAGAAGCAAGAUAUGGUCACUGUCAUCAACUUUGACGACGAGGCCUAUCUGGACUACCCGCUUGGAGACCCCGGUGCGGCUGCGAGCUCGCUGGCACAGAUCGGCGCAGAUGGCGGCACCUAUAUUGCAGGCGGUGUUCAAAUGGCCAUUCAACAACUUACCGCGGCAAAAACUGGAGACACUGCCGGACGAAGUGGCAUUCUAGUCUUCACUGACGGAGAGGACUCGAGUACUUCCGACCUCGUGAAUCAAAUCAACCGUGCUACCAGCCUCGGUAUCAGAGUGGCAUUCGGGUUCCUGGACGACUCUUCCAGUUUGCAGGACACAGAUGUCCUUUCGUCGAUUAUGCAUUCGGGUGGAAGAUACUUUACCAUACAGAACUACAAUGCGUCCAAAGCUUUUAUUGACGGUAUCAUCGUCAAUGGUCUUACCAGAAACGACAAUCCAGACGGAGAUACUACCACUCUGCUGGCUGGUCUCGACGCGUCGCACUUCAUUUCGGGCUCCGAGACACAAACCAUGACUUAUAGUGCACGGUCUAAGGAGCAGCUUACGUUCAAUGUUCAAAGCGUCGAUGCUGGCACUCUGGCGGUCCAAAUCGUUUCUGGCGGCAAGACCCUUGCCAAAGGCUCAGCAGAUUACUAUUCUAGCUACUAUGGUAGCGGGUUCUCUGUCGUUGCUCCCAGUACCGACACGAUUGACGUGAAGGUCACCGCCGACAACGCCGACAAGAACUCCAUCUUCGUCGUCGGUGUGACCUCGAACCUGCCGCCAGAGAACUGCACCGUUGCCGUUGGUGACGCUCCGAAGAAGAACAAUGUACCCCAAAUCGUCGAGGGCACCGUGAGCAGUGUGGUCGGACUCGUCGUCUUGGCUGUCAUUGGCUAUUUCAUCUACAAAUACUGCUACAAGCGGCGCGGAAAACACCUUCCCCCUCAUGACACGGACCGCUGGUCAGAUCGCUCGCUCGAUUCGAAGCACCCCCCACAGACAGCAGUUCGAGAAAUACCAGGCCCCAACCCGAAUCGCAUCCCUUGGUUCAAGUUCCCGCCGCCUUUGCCGCCCAUGCAUCAUCACCCACCUCACCACAAGAGGACUAGGGAUGACCACGACCGCGACAUGGAUCAAGACUCGGGUUCAGAGGCUCCCACCGAGGACAGUUGCGAUAACCAUUCGCAGUUCUCGAACCCCCCAGACAAGAUGAACCAUGACGAGCCCCCGUGCCACAAUGGCGAUCCGUCCUGUCAACCCCCUUACCAGAACAACUGCCCUCCAUAUCAGAACGGCAAUCCACCAGGCCAGCCGUCCUACCCCAACCAGCCAUCUUAUCCCAGUCAACCGCCGAACCCGAAUCAACCAGGCUAUCCCAACCAGCCAUCGAAUCCCAGUCAACCAUCGCACCCAAAUCAACCCCCCAACCCUAGCCAGCCAUCAAAUCCCAAUCAGCCCUCCAAUCCACCAAACCCCGACCAGCCGGACGACCACGAGCACACUCCGCACGCACACAUGCGUCUCCGGACGUACGGGAACAACCACCACCACCACACCUCGUCGGAGCACCCAUGCUGGCAAAAGAAAUGCCCGAUCGUGGCCACGACACACGCGUGCGACGACCCACGCCACCCGUGCACGUGCGUCGACCCCAAAUGCCCCCUGAACCGGCGACGGCACCGGUGUCGCGACAACGAGCGGCCGCACACCUGCCCCGGGCCGGACGUCGACCCGCGCUGCCCCCUAAACGACCCCGAGUACGCCCGGCAGAAGAAGGAGGAGCGCGACCUGCUCGUGCGCAAGUACGUGGCGCAGGAUCUGGCGAAGGGCGGCGUCAAGAUGGCGGCGUCGACCGCCGCCCAGGCCGCGCUGAUGUCGCAACUUUAG